CAAUCUCAUCAAAUCAACUAUGGCAUCACAAGACCUUCAAAACCCUAGCAAUCUUUAUCCCCAAGUCCUUCAAUCCAACCCAGAUUCAUCCUCACCAUUUUCAUCAUCAUCUUCUUCUUCUCCUUCAGCUCCUCCUCUGUACCCAUCUCUUGAUUUCAAAGAUCUUGAUGAAAAUCUAUUCAUCCACACUCAGCAUCAUUCAGCUCCAUCACUAUACCCAUCUCUUGACGAAGAUGUGGUCAUCGACACUCAUCAGUCUUGUUAUGAUCCAAACCUUUUGACACCGUUCGAAUCAUCAGAGGAAGUUGUUGUUAAAAUCCCAGGUUCAAUCAUUCACUUAAUCGACAAGCAACAGAGCAUCGAGCUCGCUUCUGGGGUAUUAGAAAUAAUCCGUCUCCGGCAAGGCAACAGCGUUGUCGCCGUCCUUGCACGUGUCGGUGACGCAAUCCAAUGGCCAUUGGCCAAAGACGAGGCCGCCGUGAAAUUAGAUACGUCACAUUACUUCUUCACCCUUCGCGUCCCUUCCGAUAUAAAAUCGGAUUCUGAAUCGGAUAAUUUGUUAAAUUACGGGUUGACGGUUACGGGGAAAGGUCUGGAGAAGGUUUUGCAGGAAUUCGAUCUGAUUUUGGAGGAGUACAGUGCGUUUUCGGUGAAGGAGGUGGAGAGGAGUGUGGCGGUAGCGGUGGAGAACGGUGGAUCUACGGAGGCUAAAGCCGCUGCGUAUUGGACGACAUUGGCUCCAAAUGUGGAAGAUUAUAGUGGAUCUGUUGCAAGGAUGAUUGCUAGCGGAUCUGGUCAGUUAAUCAAGGGGAUUUUGUGGUGUGGAGAUGUGACCGUGGAUCGACUGAAAUGGGGAAACGAGUUCUUGAAGAAGAGGACGAAAUCUGGUUCAAAAUCUGAAGUUAGUCCAGAAGCUCUGAAGAGAAUGAAGAGGGCUAAGAGGUUAACGAAGAUGUCAGAGGGCGUGGCAACCGGGAUUCUUUCUGGUGUCGUGAAGGUAUCUGGAUUCAUCACCGGUUCUAUUGUGAACUCGAAACCCGGCAAGAAAUUCUUCAACCUUCUUCCUGGCGAAAUAAUUCUUGCGUCCUUGGACGGUUUCAACAAGGUAUGUGAUGCUGUGGAAGUGGCGGGGAGAAAUGUGUUGUCGACGACAUCAACUGUGACAACGGACUUUGUUUCACACAAACAUGGGGAAGAUGCGGCAAAAGUGACGAACGAGGGGUUAGGUGCGGCGGGGCAUGCGGUUGGGACGGCGUGGGCUGUGUUCAAAAUACGAAAGGCGCUAAACCCAAAGAGUGCGAUUAAGCCUACGACCCUUGUAAAAGCGGCAGCCUCACACUCAAAAUCAUCUAAAUCGAAAACGUAAAACGGCCAAGGUGGUUUCUUUAUGUUGAUAUUUAUCCAAUAAUGUGUUAAUAUGUUGUUAAUGAUAUAAAAGUUUGAAUACAUAGGAA